AUGGUACAUUUACAGGCUGUGCGAGUUAAUAACGCUAGGCUCAAAGAUUACGGCUCGAACUUGGUGGGGGUUUUUGUUGGUGGAACCAGUGGAAUCGGAGAAGCAACUGCCCGGGCGUUCGCGUCUAACACACUCGCAUCUCGAAUUUAUCUAAUCGGUCGCAACGAGGCCCAGGCGUCCAAGAUUAUUGAGGAGCUGCGCCAAGUCAACCCUGAUGGGCAAGUGAACUUCAUCAAAUGCGAUGCAUCUCGUCUACGUAAUGUAGACGAAGCAUGUAGGACCAUCCAAGAGAAGGAGGAAAAGGUGAAUUUGCUAUUCUUGAGCUCUGGUAUCCUCACCACAAAGGGUCGAGAUGAAACGGAGGAAGGGCUAGACAUGAAACUCAGCCUACAUUACUACUCCCGUAUGCGAUUCAUAAAUGACUUGCUUCCACUAUUAACCCGAGCUGGAAAUGAUACGGACAAUUUGAGUCCCCCACAGCCGGGCCUUCGUCGCAACCUAUCAAGCGUUGUCUCUGUUCUACAUGGCGGUGCGGAAGGGCCACUGAUCUUGGAUGACCUAUCUUUAAAGACGCAUUUUUCGAUGAGCAACUGUGCCAGACAUGCCAUCACUAUGACCAGCCUGUCUAUGCAGGAACUCGCCUUUUCACAUCCGGAAACGUCAUUCGUUCAUGCUUUCCCUGGAAUUGUGAAGACGGGCGCGACUCGUGAUUUUGGGAUUGUUACUCGAACAGUGAUAAACGCAGUCUCCUUUCUAGCGAGACCUUGGAUGGUACCAUUGAAUGAAAGUGGCGAUAGACAUCUCUAUGCCGCAACGAGCCCGCGGUUCAUACCACGAGCAUCUAAGGACAUUGGCGAUACUGCUCCUGGCGUCGAUGGGUCUAUCGGCAGCGGUGCAUAUUUAUUGCACUGGGAUGGAUCAACUGCUGGAGACCAGAAGGUUCUGCAGGAUUUUUGCCAAAAUGAGACUGGCAAAUCUGUGUGGGAGCACACGAUGAGUAUAUUCGAGUCAAUAUGUGGCAAGAGAAGUACCUAG